GAGAGAAGUGAAGCCUUACAUACAUAACAGGGAAGCAGAGGUUUCCAGAUGAGGGCUCGAUAAGAAUGAAGUCAACACUGCUGCCAUGUAGUCAAUCCUGGCACUUUAACUGCCAGCCUUAAUUGCUGCAUCGGUUUUUCAUUUGAAAUUUUGGACUUGGAGGAAAUGGCGGCGUUUAUUAAGCAUUCAAGCUGUGACUACUUGUUGCUGUUCGUUGCCUUGAAUCUGCUUUGGGGCGCCUCAAACUCAAUUGAAACAUCAACACGACACACAACAGCGAGCAGUGCCAACGUUCCGACGCUUUUUACACCCACCUUGCCAACUCCUGAAAAUGUUGCCGACGUGACGGCGCAGGACCAAAACGAAACCAGUAUAACACUCAAGUGGGAUAAGGUGAACAAUAUCGCCACUUACUUCCUGUUAUAUGAUCUCCAUGGCAACGCGAAGGAGGAGAGAGUGGACCCUUCCCCGUAUCAGACGUAUGUCACACAUGUGGUCGCUUUCCUCUCUGCUGGAAGGAAAUAUCAUUUCCGGAUCAUCACCGAGUACCUGGGAGUAAACAGCACAGGAUUUGUAUUUUCUGCUCCCACAGCACCCCGGAAUGCAAAAGGCUUUAAAUCCAUCCAAAGAAAUACCAGCAGUAUAACUCUGCAAUGGGACAAAAUGGACAAUGUCAACUACACUAUUUCGUUUAACGACAUUGAGGAAGACGUCGGCGCAACCGAAGCAGAGCGAGUCACGCGUACAAUCGCGAGACUCACAAGCGGCACCGAAUACGCGUUUACGCUCUUCGUGGUGUUUGAAAACGUCCGCAGCAGCGGGAACAAGCUCACCGCCGUCACAGUGCCCUCAAUGGUGACAACAGUCCACGUGACCGAGCGUUCCGACACCGGCGUGACUCUGAUGUGGGAGACGACGGAGCUGAACUGGAGCUACUUGCUUUGCAUUGAUGGAAAAAACGUCACCGUGGCUCCAAACGGAUCGCCAAAUGUGUCCUGCUCGUUUACAUUGCCACCUGGUUCCGAGUAUCGAUUCACUCUGGUUACCUUGUUCUCCGGGCUGGCCAGCACCGCUUACAAGGGAUUCGUUGUGACAGCUAUUGACUGCACCAAUGUGAGCUGGCAUGUCACGACCUCGUCGAUCCGAGGGACGGUCGUGGGUUCGUUCACAAACGCAACAGCCUCCAAUGGGUCUUCCUCUCAUGCGAGUCCGGAAGGUCAUCACGUGUCCUUUCGUGACCUUUAUCCGGGCGCCACCUACGAGGUGUCGCUGGAAUACCGAAAGAAUUCCGCUCACUUUUUGCAAUGUCAGCUCAAACUGACAACCGUUCCACCUGAUUUAACCGCUCAGUGUGAGUACCGGAAAUCAGGCUACUCUGUUUUUAUCGUUUGGGAUAAGCCGGACGGUUUGUGGACAGCCGUGGAGGUGAACGUGAGCGGACAAACGCACAGAGUCCAAGGUAUGAAAGAACGACAUAUCGAAAUAGGCGGAUUCCAACCGGCGAGAACGUACGCGGUGUCUCUGGCCUCACUGUCGGGGAGCGCCAGGAAGUCCAAAGCGUAUGUUUUUCAGUGUCCCACUGACCCUCGCGGAGUUAUUGCAGGGUCGGUCAUUUCUGUCUUGCUUUUUGGGGCCCUGGUGGGUUUGGCCAUUUUUGUUUUGACAAAAAGACGAACGAGCACCAGGAAGAAAAGGUCAUCAUCAGUUGGAAGCGGCACAGUUUCUACUAAAAAAUCCAAUUCCAGAGAUGUUCCUCUUGCAGAGUUCCCCGACCACUUCUACAAAUUGAGCAUGGACAAAAACAGAGGCUUCAGCGAAGAAUAUGAGGGCCUCGCUGCUAUCGGCCUCGAGCACACUCAGAAUGCUGCUCUGGUGCCGGAAAACAUGGAAAAGAAUCGCUUCACCAACGUCCUGCCGUAUGACUGGAGCCGAGUGAAACUCCAAACUACAAACGGCAACUCGGACUACAUCAAUGCCUCCUACAUGCCAGGUUACAACAGCAGCCGAGAAUACAUCGCCACUCAGGGUCCUCUGCCCUCCACGGUCGGCGACUUCUGGAGGAUGAUUUGGGAGCUGAGGGUCAACGCCAUCGUCAUGGUAACCAACUGCACCGAAGGAAGAUGGACUAAAUGUGAACAUUACUGGCCUGCACAUAACGAGACUUGCCUUCAUCAAGGGCUGAUGAUCACCACGGCAUCCGAAAAGCAAGAAACCAACUGGACGUUGAGGGAAUUCCGAGUGAAACAUAAAAGCAGAACAGAAGAGAGGACAGUGAAGCAUUUCCACUUCACUGCCUGGCCCGAUCACGGAGUCCCUCAGUGUACGGAUGUCCUGAUCCAGUUCAGGAGGCUCAUUAGGCGCCACAUGGAAACAAAUAGGAGCAGAACCCCGACUGUGGUUCACUGCAGUGCGGGAGUGGGCAGGACAGGCACCAUUAUUGCCUUAGAUGUUCUGCUUCAGCAGCUGCACAGAGAUAAGGAAGUUGGCAUCAACACCUUCGUACACAACAUGAGACUGCGGCGGCCGCACAUGGUGCAGACUGAGUCCCAGUAUGUUUUCCUGCACCGGUGCAUCAUGGACUGUCUGGAGUCUCGAGGAGGUGCUGAUGAAAGCAUAUACCAGAAUGCGGAUCUAAUUUAUGCAAACGCCACAGCACUACGGGAGUUUAGCAAAACAGCAGUUUGAAUCUGAACGGCACUCCAGAGGUAAUCUAUGUUGUAGGUUUUGCUGCUCCAAAAUGACUCACAACUUGUGCUUUGUUUAUAACGAAUAUAAAAGACUUUAACUGUAUAA